UGAAUGGGAAAGGCAGGGAUGAUCUCGGGGAGGUCAACACUUUCAGAAAGAAGAGGGGCACAAUCAAAAGACCCUCGAAGGGAAAACAAUCUCAGCCAGAUGGAGACAGGGGAAGGACGGCUUAAAUAAGUGGUCUCCUGAAAGCAAAAUUGUUUUCUGUAUGGAAGAAAAGCACAAGCAAGAUUCAGAAGUGAAUGAAAAGCUGGAUUCCAAGUUUGCCAUGCCCUCGGCUUGUUGAUCUGCAAAUUCAUAAAGGUGGGCUACGGGUUCAACGAGGAAGCCUGUGGAGACUCAGUCAUGAAAGGUGAAUUGCUCCUGCUUUCAAGUGUGAUUUUCGUGCUCCAGGUGGUGUGCGCAUGCCCAGAGAAGUGUCGCUGUCACUCAUCCUCAAGUUCUGUAGACUGCAGCCAGCAGGGUCUGGCUGAAAUUCCUUCCGAUUUGCCUCCUCAGACUCUAACACUGCAUUUACAAGACAACCAAAUACACCAGCUUCCCGCUUUUGCAUUUAGGUCAGUGCCACAGCUCACAUCCUUGAACUUGUGCAACAAUUCUCUUUCGAAUCUGGCCCCUGGAGCUUUCCAUGGACUUCAGCACUUGCAGGUCUUAAACCUAACCCAGAACUCCCUUCAUUCCCUGGAAAGCAGACUUUUCCACUCCCUUCCACACCUGAGGGAGCUUGAUUUGUCAUCAAACAACAUAAGCCACCUUCCCAUAUCCCUGGGUCAGCGUUGGGAGAACCUAACCACAUUUGCAGUCCAACAAAACCAGCUUCAACAGCUCGAUCGAGCGCUCCUAGAAUCCAUGCCCAGUGUGAAGCUUUUAUUUCUCAAGGAGAACCUCUGGAAAUGCAAUUGCCACUUGCUCAGUCUGAAACUCUGGCUGGAGAAAUUUAUCUAUAAAGGGGGAAUAAUGGACAGUGUCAUCUGUGCCUCACCGGACACCUGGAAGGGAAAGGACCUCCUUAAAAUCCCUCUUGAGCUGUACCAGCCCUGCCCUUUCCCGUUUCCAGGUCUGCAGGCCUCACAGCUGCAGCCGCUGGGUUCUGCCCACUGGGCUGUCCCAAGCCCUCCUGAGAGCGACAGUGCAGGGGAACCAGACCACGCAGAGUAUGAGCUCAAACCCAAGCCCAGGCCAGCCAAUCUGCGUCACGCCAUGGCCACCGUCAUCAUUACCGGGGUUGUGUGUGGGAUUGUGUUUCUCAUGAUGUUGGUAGCCACCAUCUAUGGCUGCACCUACGCAGCCAUUGCAGCCCAAUACCAUGGGGGCCCCUUGGCUCAAACCGAGGAGCCUACGAAGACAGAAGGAAAAGAGCUGCUUGACAGCUCACCAGCCUGACAGCUUCCGACUCAAGCAGGAAUAAUCACUUUAGAGCAGAAGGAGGUGUCUGAGCAGGGCUGCCGUGUUCACUGUGACUGCCUCAGUUUGCUUUUUCCAGAAGAAAAAAAUUAAAAGGAUGUAUCCAUAAAAAAAAAGAAAGAAAGAAAGAAAGAAACAAAGAAAAAUACUCCUGGGAAGAAAUGUAUGUUGAGAUUUUAAAAAUACCACAGGUGAAAGGGAGAUGCUACUUGUGCUCUGUACCUGAGAAGUGAUUAGAAUUAUUCUCUGUGGGAGAAGGUCAUACACAGAGAAAGGGGAUACCGUCUCUUUAAGGUACUCUUCCCUGCAUGAAGUUGCUUUUACAGAGCACAGAAAUCAAACAGGUGUGCCAGUCAGCAUUCCUGGGAGCUUUAUGGUCCACUGGAAAACUGUCCAAUUUCGACUGCCUGGGAAGAAGCUGGUGAUCUUAUCCAAGCGGCACUGACUACAUCUAUAAUUCAGUUCAUGUUAGAUCGGUGAUAAUUUUAGACGUUGUGUAUGUUAUAUAUUUAAUGGGAGUGUCUGUUGGUUGAGAAUUUCAUAGCUUGCCACAAUAGUCAGAUUAUGUUUAAUGUUUUUAAAUCAUAAAACCAUUUGGGGCUUUCUAGGCCAUGAAGGAAGAGUAGGGUUCCCUGACUGGAGAAUGGGACUCAGGCCCAGGGUCUGAGGAAGUUUUUGAUGCAAGGGUAAAUAACAUAUACACAAAUACAAAGAGGAUGGGGAGCCAGAAUUUGGGGCAUUUAUUACUGAAAGGCCAUAUCUACUAGGCGACUGGAACCUUCCAUUUAUAAGUCUCACAGCAGGAAUGAAUUGAGGGUGGGCUGAGAGCAAAAUAAUGGCUUGUGUGUAUCUGUAUCUACACAUACAUAGUGCACAGAGUGUACAGACUUGUACAACCACACCCACACAUAAACAAACUCGGAGCAAUCAGUUUACCCACUAAUGAAAUGCAGCCGUGGCAGGGUGGAAGCCAGCAGCUGUUGACCACCACCCAGCUUGUCUACUCAACACUCUGGGAUAGGAAGUAAGAAGGAAGUCUGAAGAGAGUGGGAAUUAUCUCGAGACUCAAGAUAUGUGGCAGCCGGCAUCCCGAACAUUAUUUAGCCCGUGGUUUUAAAAAGUCAGGUGUGGCUUGCUUUACGCCACAGACGUGGUCCUGAGGAGUUGCAUGCAAAGUGAAUUUUUUAAAAUUGAAUCAUCAUUUUAAUGCAGUAGGGGAGCUCACUAUUUAAAGGAACCUUUCAUGGAAUCUUUCUGUAAUGACAAUAAUUGGCUCCAGAUUUAUGCAUUUUGUAAAUUGGCAUUUUCUCAUGCUAGGUUUUCUUAAAGUGGAAUCUAUCUGCUCUCUCUCUCAUGAUGCCCCAUCUCAUACUUAGUCACCUGUUAGUAUUAAAUGACUUUACAUAGAAGAGUUAAGGACAAGUCAAGAGCAGACAAUGGCAAAUGUAGGGCAAGCUGCUCCUCCAGAGGCUUUGAAAGACAUUGCUAAUCAAUCCCAGAACUUUUCCCAGCUGAGCCUGGAUGGACCACAGAUGCCUUAAGACAGCACUGCAGGCAACCAGAACUAAUCAACUGGAGUGGGUUCAAAGGAUAAAACACAUUUGCCAUUCAGGGCACUGGCUCUGCAUUCACUCCCUCAGGCCAUGUAAAAACUGGUUUGAAUCCUAAAUCAGUAGUCCCUUCCCUAACCUGGAACAGGAAUGAGAAGUCUACUCGCCCAGCAGUGUAAAGGGCCCAAGGGGAAAAGACCGAUGAACCUAACACAGCCUACCCUGCAGGACACACCGGCGUGCCCCUAAGGAUCACAGAGGCCAUCUACCCCUGCCCACAGUGCUUCACAACUAGUGUGGGCCCCCCACAUACCCGCAAGCUAAUGAUGGACCAUCUUUUUGGAGCAGCAAUUUGGCUAAAUGAUUUUUCUGGGGGAAAAGCAUAAACUUUGAUGUUAAUGUUUUCUGCAUAUUAAAACAAACCUGGAUAUAUUAAAGAGUAGAUUGAAAAAUGAGCGUGGAUGUUAAGAUCAAAAAGAGACCCCAGAGAAAGCCAGCUGUUGCAUCAGCUCCAUCCCCAGUCCUGGUGCGUCUUUUCUGGUCUGAUUCGUGUGCCACAGUAGUGGGCAAGGCUGAGCAACUGGUCUAAGGAUGUACUGAAACAAAUCUUUCUUUCCCUUGCCCUGGCCAAGCAAGCAAUAUGAGAAAGGAAAUUUAGAAGAUCCCUUUAUAUGCCGUCUCCAUUUCACCAAAUGUUUCUGGAGCUUGCGCUAUGUACCAGGCAUAGUGAGAGGUGUUCUCGUGAGCAUUUGUCAUGUAGGCCUGGCAACCACCCCGUGAGAUACUUGAACAGAUAUUACAUAAGCUGAUAACUACUGAGGCCAAUAAGCGUGCUUCCUGUCACUGUGAUUUGAGACAGCCAGUGCACAGUGCUCUGCCAGAGGUUUGGUGACAUUGCAGGUCAACCCCAUCCCCCUGCCCGCAGUGAUUACAUGAGAAAGCAUCCAAUAUACCACAGAAAACCCUGAACGUGGCUAGAACCCUCACUUGUCAACACCCACGUCCUGUUAGAUUUCUAAGUACAGAUGAUAACUCAGGCAAACAGAUUCCUGCUUUAUAAGUAGUCUUUAAGGAAAAUGAUUAAAACAGUGCAUACGUAUAUUCAGAUUUCUAUCUUUUGCCUACAAUCACCACAAACAGCAGUUGGCAAUGAAAAUAAUUACUUACCCUGAAAUGUCAACAGCUUCUCAGCACAGAAAAAUAUAAAUCAAAUUGUUUAGAUUAACAAAUGCAGACUUAUCAUUUGUUAAUAUGAGAAAUGAAAUGUUUUAACUGUAAAAAACAUCGCAGAUGAAAGACCCAAUUUGCAGGGUAUUCUGCGAGAACCACAAAUUAUCUUUCACAACCACUACAGCUCAUGAGGGGUAAUUUGCAAACGCCUCACAGAUUAGUUUCAGCUGUUUAUUACUGCUGUCAUAUUCAUAGAUUCCCCUUAUAAAAAUGCCCUUCCAUCACAGAGCAUUGCUGAGGGUACACUGUGAACAAACAUCAUGUUGACUAUUGAUUGUUUCUGAGAAAACCGUCUACAAUAUAGUAUUUUUUCCCCAUCAUAUUUAGUGGGACGGUAUGAUGACAGUCUGGUGACUUUUGCUUUGCCAGAGAUCACAGAUUCACAACAGCAGGCCCCCACGGAUUCUGUAGCUGUUCUGACUUCAGGCCUAUAUGGACGCAUUAUGAAGAAUGCACCCUGUCACCGAGACUGUGGAGAAAGAAGACCUAGUGUCACCUCUACCCCUGACGAACUUUUAAAAUUAAAGCAAAUAUCUCUGACCCCGCGGGAAGAAUCUCGUGUUUAUGAUGAUAACAUGCCAGUGGACACCUGGGUGUUUUAUUUUCCCUUACAAAAAUGAAAAACUGAAAACUGAUUCACACUGUUUCCUCCCAAAGGUUCAUGAAAAUCAAACCUCAUUACUCGAGUUAACCAAGUUGCCCCAAGAAAUAAGACACUUCUGUCUUAGAUCCUAAAUAACAAAGGAAGUGGCUAAAUCAAUUUCUAAAAUGAUAUAUCUAUAGCCCACGUUAAUAUAACUGCACAACUUUUAGAAACCUUUCUGUGGCAGAUCAGGAAAUAAAUGUUUGCAGUUUGAUCAAACCCACCAGGGUGUCCAUUGUUAAAUACUAUUAGUCAGAAACCUACCAGCAAAUGAUAUCCCACCCCCACAAGGCAUCAUUAGGCUGUGAAUGAUAUGUGCAACUUCAGGGAACUAUCCUGUUUUCCUUUUUGAUGAAAAUGCUUUAUGAUAAUUAUUUUUUAUGCUCAAAUUGCAAUGAGGUCUCAAAGAAACCCCCAUCCCAUUCAGAGAAGCAGCUUCAUAAUCUACUAGUCUCCUCUCAGAUGCUAGACUGGACUAGCCACCUACUUUUCACUCCGAUGACACUAAAUAUUCAUUUGGGUGAAUAGGAUGUCCCCUAGUUACAAAGGUCCAUCAAAGAGACCCUGGAAAAGAACCAGAGGGUUGGGAGGUAGGAAGGUCCUUGGAGAGCAUUUAGUCUAGGCCUGGCAAAUUUCAGGAUAGCUGUGACUAGCCUCCCUGCCCACUUCAGACACUGCUAAUAGAUGAGGACGAACUUAUCUACUGAGCCCAGCUAAGGCCACAGACUCCUUGUAAAUCUGUUUCCUCGGUACUCGCUACUGACCAACUGGAGUUGACAUCUGAGA